AUGGCUUCGCAGUUGCGGUACGAUAACCAGGUCGCUAUCAUCACUGGGGCCGGCAAUGGCCUAGGGAGGCAAUAUGCCCAUUUUCUCGCCUCACGCGGUGCAAAGGUCGUCGUCAACGAUCUCGGUGGCACUUUCAAUGGCAAGGAUGUCGGUGGCAGAGGCGACUCCAGGGUCGCGGACGUUGUGGUCAAGGAAAUUCGAGACGCCGGUGGUAUCGCUGUGGCCAACUAUGAUGCCGUCCAGAACGGUGACAAGAUCGUGAAGACGGCGAUCGAGGCUUUCGGAAGAGUUGACAUCCUCAUCAAUAACGCCGGCAUCCUACGUGAUAUAACGCUGAGGAACAUGAAGACUGAAGAUUGGGAUAGCAUUAUGGAUGUCCAUGUCCAUGGCGCUUUCAAGACAGCUCGGGCAGCAUGGCCCUAUAUGCGGAAGCAGAAGUACGGCCGGAUCAUCAACACAUCCUCGUCAUCUGGUCUAUUCGGAAAUUUUGGACAGAGCAAUUAUGCGGCAGCAAAGAUGGCCCUGGUCGGUUUCAGCGAGACAUUGGCCAAAGAAGGGGCCAAAUACAACAUCACCUGCAACGUGCUUGCUCCCGGUGCAGCCAGCAGACUAACACAGACAGUCUGGACCCAAGAUAUGAUGGAAGUGAUGAAGCCAGAUUGGGUCGUACCGCUCGUGGGUGUCCUGGUCAAUGAAAGGUGCCAUGAGAGUGGAAGCAUCUUUGAGGCGGCCGCCGGCCAUUACAGCAAGAUCCGGUGGGAGCGCAGCAAAGGAUUUCUCGCACGCCCGGAAGAUUUGACCGCGGAAAUGGUGCUUGAAAACUGGGAGAAAGUUGUGGACUGGACCGGUGCAGAGCACCCAAAAGAGCCUGCCGCCAUUUUGCAAUUCCUCGAGGAUGCGAAAAGCUUGCCAAAAGCCAGUGCCCCAGCUGGCAGCCGGGUAAGUUUUCAAGGGAGAGUGGUCUUGGUGACUGGUGGUGGCGCCGGAUUGGGGAGGGCAUACAGCCUUCAUUUUGCCCAACUGGGCGCAAAGGUCGCGGUCAACGAUGUCAAGAACGCCGAGAAAGUCGCCGCUGAAAUCAAGGCUCGUGGAGGUGAAGCAAUUGCCAUACCCUUGUCCGUCGAGGAGGGAGAAGCUAUUGUGCGGAAGGUGGUGGAUACCUAUGGCCGGAUUGAUGUCGUGAUCAACAAUGCCGGAAUUUUGGGAGACAAGGCCUUCACCAAUAUGACAGAUGAACAGUGGUAUUCGGUCAUGAACAUUCACUUGAGGGGUACCUAUCUCGUUACCAGGGCCGCAUUUCCAAUCAUGUUGAAGCAGAGAUAUGGACGCAUCGUCAAUAUCACCAGCACGAGUGGCAUUUAUGGGAAUUUUGGGCAGGCCAAUUAUGCAGCUGCGGCAAGUACACCCCAAAAAUGCGGCAUCGUUGGAUUCACAAAGACCAUCGCCCGAGAAGGAGCCAAGUAUAAUGUUUUGGUCAACUCACUGGCUCCAACAGCAGGGACGAACAUGACUCGUACAGUCUGGCCUGAGAAAGAUGUCGAGGCCAUCAAGCCCGAAUACGUCGCGCCUGUCGUUGCCGCCCUGUGCAGUGAGAAAGCCCCAGUGACAGGACAGAUUUUUGAAUCUGGCUCUGGAUGGAUUGGAGCCACUCGUUGGCAGAGAGCCAGGGGUGUUGACUUUGACCACGAAAAAGGUGUACCGAGCGUGGAACAGGUUGCGGAAGCAUUCUCGGAGAUCUGCAACUUCGACAAUGGGAAAGCAGACAAUCCAGAUACUCCACAAGACGGCAGCAGAUACACCAUGGGCAACGUGCUGAAGAAUCCCAAGAUUGCUGCAGCAUUGUCUCAAGAAAACCGCGCCAACCGCAAAUAUAUUGCAAAGAUCCAAGAAGCCAUAGCGAUGAAACCUAUCGCCUCGACCUAUACCUACGAUGACGUAGAGGUCAUUCUAUACAACCUCUCCAUGGGCGCGCACCGCACCGACCUCGAUCUUGUUUACGAGGGCUCUCCGAACUUCCAGGUCCUUCCUACGUUCGGCAUUGUGCCCACAUAUGCCGCGACCACACCGUGGAAUGUGAAGGACAUCGUGCCCAACUACGACCAACGCAUGCUCUUGCAUGGAGAACAAUAUCUGGAGAUUAAACAGUUCCCCAUUCCAACAUCAGGCACGCUCAAGACCGAAACAAGCUUGAUCGAGGUUGUCGACAAAGGAAAUGCGGCCCUUGUGAGAAGAGGUGCCACAACGGUUGACAGUGCAGGCAAACCCGUCUUCUACAAUGAAAGUGUAGCCUUCAUCCGUGGAUCUGGCAACUUCGGGGGUCAACGCAAACCCAGUGAUCGUGGCGCCGCCACCGCUAUGAAUGCCGCUCCAUCGCGUGCGCCGGAUAAGGUGGUCGAAGAAAGGACAUCAGACGAUCUCGCUGCGCUUUACCGGCUCCUGGGCGACCGCAACCCGCUUCAUAUUGACCCGAAAUUCUCCGCCGCCGGGGGCUUCAAAGUUCCUAUCCUCCAUGGUCUGGCAACCUUCGGAAUCACCGGCAAGCAUGUAUUCCAGGCCUACGGACCCUUCAAGAACAUUAAGGUGAGAUUCAGCGGGACGGUUUUACCGGGCCAGACAAUUGUGACGGAAAUGUGGAAGGAAGGAGGAAAGAUCCUCUACCAAGCGAAAGUCAAGGAGACGGGGAAACCUUGCAUCAGCAACGCAGGAGUGGAGUUGUUGCAAAAAAGCUCAAAAUUGUAA